AUGCCUUCUGUGAAACGGAAACUCCCCCAGACGCAACUGGGAUUCGAAGAUGAGGGCUCAUCGUCUUCAUCACUUCCGGUCGCUUCACAAGACGACGGCUUCGACAUUUCUUCCGCACUCGUAGGAAAACGGCCGAAAAUAACACAAGAUGAAAAUGAUGACGAGAAUCUUGCUGAUUUCAUCCAGUCGUCUAUAGCGAAGAGGUCGAUCAAAGAGGGAACGUCUGUUAUAAAGCAGGCAAAAGGGAAGGCACAGGUUACAGGCCUGCAUCCAUCACUUCUGCGAUCGCUGACACUUCAAGGAUAUAGAAUUCCAACCCCAAUCCAGCGAUUGUCAAUACCAGCGCUGCUCACCACACCGCCAAGGGACCUUGUGGGCAUGGCAAGGACAGGUUCAGGAAAAUCGCUUGCUUUUAUGGUCCCCCUCGUGCAAAGAUUAGGUGGUAGACACUUGUCAACAUUUGGAGCAAGAGCCCUCAUUUUGCUUCCCACUCGCGAAUUGGCGUUACAAAUUCUCAAAGUGGGGAAGGAAUUGGCACGAGGAUUCCAUCGCAACCGCGGAGAUCACGCUGGAGACAAAUUUGAGGAAGACUCAAAGAAGGGGGAAAGUCUUAGAUGGGGUCUCGUUGUAGGCGGUGAAAAUCUCGACGAACAGUUCGAGAUGAUCACCAGUAAUCCAGAUGUCAUUAUUGCAACACCAGGCCGCCUUCUCCAUCUAGUUGUCGAAAUGGAUCUCGACCUCAAGUCGAUUCAAUACGUUGUAUUUGACGAGGCAGAUCGCCUUUUUGAAAUGGGUUUUGAGGUGGCCCUGAACGAAAUCCUCGGCCGUCUUCCCACCUCACGUCAAACAGUUCUUUUUUCUGCGACACUACCGAAGUCUCUAGUCGAAUUUGCCAAAGCUGGUCUGCAAGAUCCAAAGCUAGUUCGUCUAGACGCCGAAAGCAAGAUUAGCACAGACCUCAGAAUGGCAUUUUUCUCUGUCAAGCAGGCCGAGAAAGACGCUUGUUUGCUGGCUCUGCUACGCGACGUUAUCAAAGUCCCUUUCGGUUCUACUCAUACAGAAAUCAAUGAAGAGGGGAGCAAGAAGGGCAAACUCAAAUACUCAGGUCACUUCACGGCAUCUCAUCAGACCCUCAUCUUCGCCGCUACCAAGCAUCAUGUCGAAUAUCUUCUUCAGAUUUUGACUAUUAUUGGAUAUGCAGUCUCUCAUAUAUAUGGCUCUUUGGAUCAAGCGGCACGCACCCUCCAAAUGGACCAGUUUCGUCGGGGUGUCACCACCAUUCUGGUUGUCACAGACGUUGCGGCACGAGGACUUGAUAUUCCCGUCCUGGAAAAUGUAAUCAACUACGACUUUCCUCAAGGUGCCCGGGUCUUCGUGCACCGAGUAGGUCGAACGGCGAGAGCUGGCCGCCAAGGCUGGGCUUGGUCAUUCAUCACCAAUCCCGAGCUUCCAUAUCUUCUGGAUCUACAACUGUUCCUUGGACGACCUUUGGUCAACGACGUCGCCGAAGAGAGUGAUCAAGUAUAUACCGAGUCACUAGUCUUAGGUAAUUUCCAACGCGAGAAAAUCGACGAAGACGUUGAAUACAUUCGAUCUCUCGACGUACUCCAUCAUCAGCUACCCACUCUUCGGGAAGUCAUGAAGAGAGGUCAUACCAUGUACGAACGGAGCAAAGGCAAGGCCAGUCUACAAAGCUACAGAAGGGCGAAGGGGAUGACGAAGGAUCCCAAAUGGUUCUUGGCCAACUCAGACUCAGGCAUCCAUCCAGUCCUGCUUAGGGGACCGAGUGCUCGAGCCAGGCGUGAAUCGGAAGAAGCGCGGAAACAACUGCUCCGCGUUGUAAACUCUUUCACACCAGCGGAGACAGUAUUCGAAACUGGAUCCAAGGCGAGCUCGGAAACGGCAACAUUAAUGAAGGAGCGCCGUAAGGCUCUUGGAAAGUCUGCCCAAAGGGCCCUUGCAUCCACUGUGCAGAAUGAUGGGUCGGAUGAAGAUGCCACGCCAGAUAUGAGGGAGACCGAAAUGGCUAACGAGGAUGAGAUCGUGGCUGUCUUCGGCGCAACCGAUAAAGCAAGAAGCUCCCGAGACAAGGAGUUCUAUAUGUCCCACUACCAAAAGGAUGCCAUGACUGAGAAAGGCUAUUCGCUGAACGACGGAGCGUCUUCGUUCGUCACACAAGCACAAAAUGUGACCUUUGACCUGACAAACGACGAAGGCAAGGCACAGCGGAGUAACAAGCUCACCUGGGACAAGAAGAAGAAAAAGUUCAUUCAAGGUGAUGGAGUGGGUGCAGACAACGUAAAGAUGGUACGGACAGAAAACGGCACUCGAUUGCCCGCUACCUUCCGGAGUGGCCGGUUCGACGAGUGGAAGUCAAAGAGCCGAACCACCCUACCGCGCAUCGGCGAGGCGGAGAACGCUUCAUCGUCUAGCAAACCUUCUGGGUCCGGACGGCAUCGCUUCCAGCACCACAAAAUCACACCUGCGAAGCCAUUGGAUAAACUUGACAAAGAUUAUGAACGCAAAGCUCGCCAACUUAAGAAGAGGUUGGAGGAGUCUGGCGCUACGCAGGAAGGCUCAAAGCAGUCAACACCCAAUGGAAAGAAAAUCAAGUUGGGCGUCAGGCGUGGCGGCAAGACAUAUGAACGUGUCAAGACGGAGCUCAAGACAUCCGAACAGAUCAGAAAGAACAGGAAAAUAACGGAGAACCGGAGAGCAAAGAACGCACGGCCAAACCGGACGGCUGGCAAGAAGGGAAGACGUUAG